GAUUUACCGCCACAGUCGAAUUUCAAGGUCGUGAUGACAAGAGGAGGCCAACUAGCCAUCAGCCAAUCAAAAUCUGCCUAUGGCGAUUUUCGGAGAGACCAUGAACGGGACAAAGAACUGCGUAUACAAAUGAAACCUCUGGUGCUUGCUUCGGAGAAUGAUUCAAAUCGACAAAGUGAAAUCAAUUACAUCGAAGGAUCAAGUUUCAUACAGAAGGGUUUCUCUUCUUCACGUAAACUAGCGACAUCUUUUCAGAUGAUCAAACCAGAUUCACAAUCGUGCUUGGCAGGUGUAAGUACAUCUAGUAAUUACCUCACAAUGAUUGCAGAAAAGGCUCAUGAAGCAGCCAUUUUUGGCCAUUCCUCCGUUCUUCUUCCGUCUUUUCUUGGUACUGAUCCAGCGGAGGCAAAAGAACGUCUGGUAUCGUCUGUAGACACAGUGAAACAAUUAAUACAUCACACGCUUGAUAAAUCUGAUUCAUCUGCAUGGAAUAUGUGGCUCACAAGACUCGCUGAAUUCAAGGAACGUCGAGCAAAUAUGCUUUCCCGCUCUAAUACUUUCAAAACUAAUCAAAAGAAAAAAAUCAAUGGUUUAGGAUAAUAUUAUUUUUCUUUUUAUAUAUACUUUUCAUUUGUAAACUAUUUGCAAAUUGUGGAUUUUACUAUUUUGCGUCUCUAAUUACUUUCAUAUAUCGUAAAUCAAAUGUGUACCAUUGUACCCAAAAUGUAUUUAAAAUUAAUGGAAAGAACCUUGGACUUUCUGCUGAAUUCUCAGACUUAGUUGAAAUUUGAAUGCAUUAAGAAUGAAUUGCUUUAAGCAGUAUGUGAAGAAAGGCAAUCGUUAGGAAGUAAAGGUCAAUUUGAAUUUGUUCGUGCAUUUAUCAGGAAAAUGUGCUUUCGAAAUUAUAGAAUUUUUCUAUAUUUUGCGGUUCCGAACCUUAAUUUAUCAGUGUUCCUAUUUCGCUUAGAAGUAGAGACUUCAUUUCAUUGAUUUUCCUUCGUGUAAUAGUAAAAUAUGAAGCUGAUACCACUCGUAUGAUUACUUUGAUUACUCAAUCCAAUCCUUCAUUGCCGGCAAUGUCGAAUUUUGAUUGAUACUGCAUGAUAACUCAGGUUCUAUCAAAAGUAUGAUGAAAUCCCUUCUGACUGGACGUAUUAUGACAGUUUCUUUGUAUUAAUUUGCUUUGACUUUGUUAUAUUUCAUAAG